GGUACGAAGCAAGGGAGAUGAACGUAGCUCCCAAGUACCGCAUGGCCUCCCUCUAUGUGGGUGACCUACACGCAGAUGUCACCGAGGACCUGCUGUUCAAGAAGUUCAGCACUGUGGGGCCCGUGCUGUCCAUUCGCAUCUGCAGGGACCUGGUCACUCGACGCUCUCUAGGCUACGCCUACGUGAACUUCCUGCAACUGGCUGAUGCCCAGAAGGCUCUGGACACCAUGAACUUUGAUGUAGUGAACGGCAAAUCCAUCCGUCUCAUGUGGUCUCAACGCGAUGCCUACUUAAGGAGGUCUGGAAUUGGGAAUGUGAUGAGUGAUGAUCAAGGCUCCAAGGGCUAUGCCUUUGUGCACUUUCAGAACCAGAGCGCUGCAGACAGGGCCAUCGAGGAAAUGAAUGGGAGGCAGCUCAAGGACUGUAAGGUGUUUGUUGGCAGAUUCAAAAACCGAAAAGAUCGGGAAGCAGAGCUCAGAAACAAAGCCGGUGAAUUCACCAAUGUUUACAUCAAAAACUUUGGAGAAGAUAUGGAUGAUGAGAAACUGAAGGAGGUUUUCAGCAAAUACGGCAGAACUCUGAGUGUGAAGGUGAUGACAGAUUCCUCUGGGAAAUCGAAAGGCUUUGGCUUUGUGAGUUUUGAUAACCAUGAGGCUGCCAAAAAGGCCGUUAAAGAAAUGAAUGGAAAGGAUAUAAAUGGGCAGCUGAUUUUUGUAGGCCGGGCACAAAAGAAAGUAGAGCGACAGGCUGAGUUAAAGCAAAUGUUUGAACAGCUGAAAAAGGAAAGAAUUCAUGGGUGUCAGGGUGUGAAGCUCUAUAUUAAGAACCUUGAUGACACCAUUGAUGAUGAAAAACUACGAAAGGAAUUUUCUUCAUUUGGCUCAAUUAGCAGAGUUAAGGUAAUGCAAGAAGGAGGUCAAAGCAAAGGGUUUGGCUUGAUCUGCUUUUCCUCUCUUGAGGAGGCUACUAAAGCCAUGACUGAGAUGAAUGGCCAUAUCUUGGGCUCCAAACCUCUCAGCAUUGCCCUAGCCCACAGGCAUUAUUAGGAAAGAAAAAUUUACCUCACCAGGCAGUAUUUACAGUAUGUAGGGAAAUGA